UAGACCGUUGGGAAAGGUCGGCAUGAAUGAGGCAGUUGGGCAGCAGAGCGAAGACGGGAAGCAAGCUGGCCAUGCCGCUGUCGUCAUUUACUUAUCUCCCUCCAUCGAUCAAGCUGGCCAUCGCCAAAAUAUUUAUUCUCAUCGCUGGCUUACGUUAAAAGUCAUUCCUCAUAAUACGGCGCCGCAUAAUACUGCUCCAUGUUUUGAAUCCUACGAUUCGAUAAAUCAAAGAUUCUUUUCUGGCAAAUGGGGAAGGAGCGGGUGAUGUAUCCGGUUAGUGAAGUCAACUUGGAGACGGUGAAGUACGUGCCGGAAAAUAUACAAGCCCCGCAUUUGACUGGGCUUGGUUUGCAGUUAUUUGUCAAGUUGGCUGAAGCGCCAGCUAUAGGGUCAUUGAUUAUGGCUCGCUUGAAGAAUCAAAACAGAAUAGUAGAGAUGUUGAAGAACACCGUCAUUCCAGAGGCUCCAAUGUUUAAGCCUGAGUUCACACCACAAGAGCCAGAAUGUUGUGUAUCUUUAUUGGAAGAAGACGGAUCCCCUCAAGACAGGGUUGGCAUUGCCUUUAACUGUCUCCCACAUAAUGAUCCUGCUAGCAAUUGGACCUCUGAUAUGACUGUGUCAUUCCGCUACUGGAAGAUUCGUGACUAUGCUCACGCAUAUAGAUCGAAGCUUACAACUCCAUCACUGGUUGCUGAGUGCUUUAUCUCAGCCAUGGAGGAGUUUGAUAAUAAGAACCCAACAGCCCCUCUGCUGAUAUCCUUUAAUCCUGAUGAGGUUAGAAAGCAAGCUGCAGCUUCCACUCAAAGAUUUGAGGACGGAAACCCACUGUCAAUCUUGGAUGGAAUAUUCGUGGCCAUUAAAGAUGACAUUGAUCUCUACCAUCAUCCUACAAAAGGUGCUACAACAUGGUAUCACGAGGUUUAUAAAGUAGAAAAAGACGCAAUUUCUGUUUCAAGAUUACGCUGCUGUGGUGUCAUUUUAGUUGGAAAGGCAAAUAUGCAUGAGCUAGGCUUGGGUACAACAGGAAACAAUCCUAAUUAUGGGACAACAAGAAACCCCCAUGCUCCAAAGCGGUACACUGGUGGGUCAUCCUCGGGCCCUGCGGCAAUUGUAGCAUCUGGAUUGUGCUCUGCUGCACUUGGAACAGAUGGUGGAGGUUCUAUCCGGAUUCCUUCUUCCCUAUGCGGUGUUGUUGGCUUGAAGACCACAUAUGGACGUACUGACAUGCGAGGAGCAAUGUGUGGCGCUGGGACUGUGGAGAUCAUUGGACCUAUCACAGCAACUGUUGAAGACGCCAUUCUUGUGUAUUCAGCAAUAUUAGGAUCCUCUCCUGCAGAUAGAAUUUCUCUGAAACCGGGCCAACCUUGUGUACCUAAUUUAUCUUCAAAUGAAAGUUUGGAUGUUCUGGGAUCAAUGAGGUUGGGAAAGUAUACAGAGUGGUUUAAUGAUGUUUUCUCCCCUGAAAUAUCUGAAAAAUGUGAGGGUGUCCUGCAUCAACUGUCAAAAAAGUAUGGGUGCAAAGUGAUGGAGAUUGUAAUACCAGAGCUGCAUGAGAUGCGGACUGCUCAUAUUGUUUCCAUAGGCUCUGAAUCACUGUGCUCUUUGAAUCCUUACUUGGAGGGAGGGAAAGGAGCAAGAUUGACACAUGAUACUCGAACCAAUUUGGCACUUUUUCGGUCAUUCACAGCAUCAGAUUAUGUUGCUGCUCAGCGCCUUAGGAGAAGGCUAAUGUACUACCAUAUGGAGAUAUUUAAGAACGUGGAUGUCAUAGUAACUGCUACAACUGGCAUGACAGCACCCAUAAUACCAGCAAGUGCUCUUGCUGUUGGAGAGUCAAAUUUGCAAGUGUCAGGAAAUCUCAUGCGUUUCAUUAUAACCGCAAAUCUUCUGGGGCUUCCAGCCAUUUCUGUUCCUAUUGGUUACGACAUGCAAGGACUACCUAUAGGCAUCCAACUCAUAGGCCGACCUUGGUGUGAAGCUUCCAUUUUACAUUUGGCAGCUGCAAUAGAGGAGAAUUGUUCAUCCCCCAAGAGAAAGCCAUUGCAAUUCUAUGACAUACUCAAGGGAGGGAAUUGAACUCCCUUACAAAUAAGUUUUAUGACAAGGGAGUAUGCCGGCUGAAAAUUUGUCGGCAGUGAACAUUAAAUUAACUUACAAUGCGAUGCCCUCACCUUGUUGGAACAAUCUAGGAUGUCAAAGACUUAUAAGGAAACAUGGAAACAAUACCUGUUUUUGUUCAUCACGGUGGUUUUUGGAAUGAAGUCAUGGAAUAUGUAAACUUCUGUGUUUUUGGAAUUACUUUGGCUACAAACAACUCUUUUGCUGAUUUGAUUGAAAAGGUAGCAGAUAGGAUUGGAAUACAAACAACAUCAACCUCAUUAAUAGUUCAAUACAAAGUGAGAGACAACUAUCCACCACUAAUGAUACAAGAUAACUCAGCUCUGUUGUUUUAUUUGCAUCUGAAGAAACAAGAUACAGAUGUGACGAAGUUCCCUCUAUGCAUCACCACUGCUGGUGUACAAGAAGAAACAAAUUGCAACAUGUUUCUUGUUGGAAAUAAACAAGUGGAAACAACAUCUGGGAUACAAGAAGGAACACUGUCAGAAGAAAGCUCAACGAUUAGUGAAGAGAUAGACAUUAAUGCUUUUGUAUUAGCAUGGGCAAAUAAAACAACUGAUGAACUGCUACAAGAUAAAUUUGUGGAGUCAGAAGCAACAAAGUGCAACAACAGUGAUGUAGCCCCUGAAGUAGGACUGAUAUACAAGAACCGUGCUGAGUUCAAGAAAGCACUGAAGUUGAAUGCUAUAAAAAAUCACUUCCAGUACAUGACUGAAAAGUCAAAUAAGAUUUGUUUUGUGGCUAAGUGUUUGGAUGAAAAUUGCAGUUGGGAGAUAAAAGCAAAACAAAUUGGAACAAUGGGAAGGUUUAAAGUUGUGAAGCUUGUAAAUACACAUUCCUGCAGAUUAGAAGUAAGAUUAGCAGAUCAAAGGCAUGCAACAUCAAGUUUGGUAGCAGAAUGCAUUCAAUCUAAGCUAUUGGAUCCAAAGGCGCAAUAUAAUGCAACCGAUGUAAAGAGGGACAUGCUACAGGAAUAUGGUGUUGAAAUCAGUUACUUAAAAGCAUGGAGAGCAAAAGAAAAAGCACUAAAUAAACUCAGAGGAAAACCAGAAGAAUCAUAUGGCUUUCUGCCACGGUUCUUGAAUAUUGUGAAACAAACAAAUCCUGGAUCAUUUGUGCAACUUAAAAUUAAUGAAGACAACACAUUCUUGUAUGUCUUCAUGGCUAUUGAAGCAUCAAUUAAGGGCUGGGAAUUUUGCAGACCAGUUAUUGUAGUUGACGGGACAUUUUUGACUGGGAGGUAUGGCGGAACACUGUUAACCGCAUCAACACAAGAUGCUUGUGGAAAAAUAUUCCCUAUUGCAUUUUCUGUAGUUGACUCUGAGAAUGAUGAAUCUUGGAAAUGGUUUUUCAGAAAUAUUAAAGAAGCUUUGGUUUAUAGAAGUGGAAUGGUGAUUGUUUCUGAUAGACAUGAGAGUAUUGCAAAAGCUGUUUUAGAAGUGUAUCCAGAAUCUGGGCAUGGGGUAUGCAUAUACCAUCUAUUCAACAACCUCAAGACAAAGUUCAAAAGAAAAACAAAGAAAAUGAAAGAUAGUUUUUUUUGAAGCUGCACAAGCAUAUACCAAAGAUGACUUUGAUUGGCACAUUGAGGAACUGAAGAAACUGGAUGAGGGGAUAGUACCAUAUUUAUACUCAGUUGGGUAUGAAAAAUGGACUAGAGUUUUCUCAACAUAAAAAAGAUACUCAACAAUGACUUCAAAUAUAGCCGAAUCCUUGAAUGCCGCAUUGAAAAAGAUAAAAAAUCUGCCAAUAACUGCGUUGCUACAGUUCUUGCAUGCAUUGGUACAAAUAUGAACACAUAUGAACAGAAAUAUUGCAAGAAACACAUUUACCAAACUUGCAAAAGUUCCACAUGAAACACUAGAGCAAAACUACCUCAAAUGCAUGAAGCUAAAGGUAUAUAGUGCUUAAAUUAUAUGAAGUUAAAUUUUAUUAAAAACUGUGAAUAUAACAGUUUGAAUUGCAGGUGAUUCCUUCUAGUGAAGCAAUAUUUACUGUUUCUGAAAUGAACACAAGCUUCAUUGUUAACUUAGAGGAGAAGAAUUGCACUUGUAGAAGAUUCCAAAUUGAUGAAUUGCCAUGUAUUCAUGCACUGGCAGUACUCAAAAAGAUGAAUCAAGAGCCAUACAAAUUUUGCUCAUCUUACUACUUAAAGGACACGAUGCAACAAACAUAUCAACGGACUGUGCAUCCAAUUCCAGAUCAGGGGACAUGGCCAAUGAAUACUUGCGAUCAAAUGAAAAUCUAUCCCCCACAUGGAAGGAAAAAGUCUGGAAGGCCAAAGAAGCAGAGGUACAAGGCACACUGGGAGAGUACAAGUACACACAAAUGUGGGAAGUGUGGAAACCAAGGGCACAACAGAAAGACAUGUAGGAAUGCACCACAACAGUAGAAAGUUUCUAUAAUGUAGUUUCUAUAAUAUAAUUGUUUUACAAAAUCUCUCAAUUGCUACUGUUCAAACUCAAUUUAAUAUAAAUAUGCAUUCAUAUUGUUAGUGUCCAUUCUGUAUAAGUUUUAUUUAUAUUCUGUGACGAAAAGUUCUAUUAUGGGAUUAAAUACGAAAGCAGAAACAAUAAACAACAAGAAUAAACAAGUAAAAAACAACUGCUAUUUUUGAUAAACAAAAAGAAAUGAAAAGAAACAAUAGAAGAAACAAUUUUUUCUAAAGAAUAAACAGGCACAAACACAGUAAGGAAACAAAGUGUAGAAACAUGAAGGUAGUAAUGUAAUUACUUAAGGAAGACAUUCAGAAAACAAUGACAUAAACAUAAGAUAUAAAAUAAGACAUAGAAACAAACAGAAACAAACAGAAACAACAGAAACAAAUAUAAACAAUGAAAACCACUAACAGAAACAAACAGAAACAACACAAAAACAUAUGACACGGAACAAUAAUAUCUUUUCAAAACAACUGUGUAACAACAGUAAACAGUACAACUGUAUCACAAAAGUAAAACAGUAUGUUUCCAAAAGAACAAGUUCAUAUUUGGUUUUUACAUUACAAGAUCACAAAAACAAAAGUACAUUAAUUCUUGCUACAUCUAUUUAAUUAACUUCUUCAGCUUCUUCCUCCUGGGUUUGAUUUCUUCAGAAUCACUCUGGACUUCACCACUUAUUUUGGACAAUCCAUAUUGGUAGAGAAAGUAGGAAAGUCUGGUCCUGUAAAGCUCAAUAUCCAAAAAUUCAAGAACCGCUAUGCCAUCGAUGAAAUACUAAGCAAAAGCAGCAACAAAAGCACCACAGUCACUAUAAAAAGUACAAUAAAAAACAAUAUUGUCAAUGGUAGAAACAUAAACAAAAUAUUAAAAAAAAAAUAUAAUUAAAUAAAUGAAGUUACCAUGAUUCUUGGACAGGCAAGUCAAGCACAAAUUUCAUCUCUAUAUCCCUGUGAAUAUCCAAUCCAUACCUAGAGAAGUGAUCCAUAUGUCGAAAAAACAAUGGAAGCAUCACAAGUAGUGGCUGAACAACUUCUUUAGCAAGAGAUGCAUCCCUUGGACUGUUCAUUGAAUUAUAAACAUAAAUGCACCAAUCUUUGAUGCAAAACCUAGCAAGAAUCCAAUGCAUCUGUUUCUUAAUAUACAAUGGCAUGAGAACAUGUUCAACUUCAUCCCAAGGCUUAGAAUAGGGCAACUGCAAGCCUACAAUACAAUCACAUAUACUUGCAAAUUUUGACCAAGAAAAGGAUUUAUCCAAGGUUGCAGCAUAUGCUUUUUGUAUAUUGACUUGAAAAAGAACAUCAGUUGUUGUGAAACUGCAUUUGCAUAUCUUAGUAACUUUGGCUUUUUUCCUAAAAUAAUGAAAGAUCACAUCGAUAUGCUGCAAGAAAAGGGAAAAAAUAGAAAAAAUAAUAAUAAAUAAACAAAUAUAAACAAAUAUCAACAAAUAUAAAUAAUAUAUUAAAAAAGUAAAUAAGCAUACAGAAUCUGAUAUCAUUUGACC